AUGACGGCAAUAUACGACAUGACCCGCAUUGUCACCAUGUCCGACACGGACGCAGAGCUUAAAGAAAAGCUCGAACAUCUGGAAGACGACAACGACGAACAUGAACGAGAAUACGUCGCUGUGCAACAUAAAUACCAUCAUGUAAUAUAGGAUAGAUCUUGUGAAAAAAUAUUUCAGUCGAUACUUCAUUUUACCUAGCUUAGAACGAAAAAUUUCGAAAAAACGUUGGAGUUCUAUUUUUCGCUUUUUUGUUUUUUUAUGUAGUCUUCUUAAAAUUUCUCUAAGCCACCGACUGAUAAGCUCAGUUCAACUUCGAGUUUUGAGCAUUGAAAAAAUACUUGUACUUGUGAUUUACUCAAAAAAAAAAUCAGAAUUUCACCUCAGAAAAGUAAGAAGAAGCGAGAGAAUCAAAAUUAGAAACAUAAUAGACAAAGUGACGAGUUUUUUUCGAUCAGUACGCGACACGAUGUCGCGCGCGAUGUCGCAUCCCUAACAAAUUUUGAUUUUAUGCAAAAAAAUGAGGUGGUAUAAAAAAAGCUAGCAAACUUUUCGAACGGCAACUUUUCCAAUUUUUUUCAUAUUGUAAGGGAACUUUCCGACUUUUUUCCCUUGUUUUUUUCGGUUUAUAAAAAAUUUUUAACAUUAUAAGAUUGAAUCAUAAAUCAACAACCUUCUUUAUAUAGAAAGAUUCGAAACGAAGAGUUUAUCGAGAAAAAAAUUGGAAAAAGUCGCCGUUCGAAAAAUUCGCUGGUCUUUUUUUCUCAUACCACCAAAAAAAUGUCUGUACAAAACUUCUUGCUCAGGGAGAUUCUAGAAAAAAAGCUCAAUUUGGCAUGAAAGUUUGUGUUGGCGCAGUUCCCUUGAUCUUUGUAGUUUUGUUAAAGUCUAUCAAAAAAAGUUAAAAACCUACUCGCUCCCGAAACUUUUUUUACACCGAAAAAGAAGAAAAAUCGGAUAGAAAAGUUUUUAAAUUUUUUUCAUUGAACUUUAAUGUGCACUUUGAAAAUUUUGUUAUCAAUCAGAUAAAAAUUGUAAAAAAGUUUAAUUUUUUUCGAUUUCUCAUGAGACUUUCCAGACCAUCGAGAAGCUCCCCGACACAGUUCUCCAGCAUAUUUUUUUGGAUACCUAUCACCUUAUCAGGUCUUUCCCACUAACUUCAGCUUUGAACUUGAUUUGUAAUUCAGAUCCUUCAAGCGGGCCAAGUUUGUAAACGUUGGCGCACCGUUUCCUGUACACCUCUUCUAUGGCGUUUCGUUUCAUUCCGGCCGAGUUAUGGUGGAAUUCAGGUCAGAAAACUUUUGAAAAAUAAUUUUGGACAGAAGGAAUGGAUUAUCAGGUCACGAACCACGAUCAUUUCUUGAACUUGAUUGGAACGCGUUUUUCCGAACUCCGAGUAGUCGAGCUUGCAACUGACCUCAUCACACCGAAUGUUCUUCACGAGUUGGCCAAUAAGUGCCCCCGGCUUCAGAGCUUGACUCUAGGUGAAUCAUUAUUACUGAAGAACAGGAAUAGCCUACUCUCCAGAUACGUGAGGAAGCGAAAAAGCUUCGAAACGAUUUUUCCUAACUAUUUUCCGAACUAAAUUAUCUCUUCUCAGCAUUGUUAUCAUAAUUUUGGAAAACUAAAAGUUCUAAAAGAAGUUUUUCUUCGAGUUUAUCUGAAAAAUGUGAGAGUUUUUUAGUGUUCUUGCAAAGUAUAUCUGCCCUAACGCAAAUCACCUAUUUUCAGAUUUUUCAACUGCCAUGCAGCUGCACGACUUCACAGACCUUCAGACUUUCCCAUCUCGUCUCAAGUCAAUCACAAUCUGUCUCUCUGAAAACAUUUUCCUAGAAGGCUUCCUCCGGAAAAUCUACACCUUCAUUUCAUCUGUCCAGAUCCUGCACAUCAUUGGUAACUUUUCUAGCGAAAAUUAAAUCAUUUUUCAUUUCAGGAACCUACGAAAAAGUUGAAGAUGAGGAAGAAGAAGUCUACGAAACGGUCAACGUCUACAAGCUCAAACAAUUUCUGCCAAAUCUGCGAGUUGUCAAUCUAUGGGGGGUUAGAAAAGUUCUCUUUUUUCAGAGUAGAGUGAUAAUUUCAGGUCCCAUUCAUCACGGACGAUCACGUCGAUGCGAUUUCUUCUAACUGUGCUCAUUUGGAAUGCUUGUGUGUCAACUACUGCUCAAAGGUCAGUGGUCCCCAUACCAAUUUAAUUGAAAAAAUAAAUUUAAGGUUACUGGAUCAUGUUUGAAGCCGGUUCUCCAGCGAUGCAGAAAACUGAAAAAGCUUGUUUUUGGCUUUCACCAGUGAGUUAAAAAAACGAAAAUGUGAUAAUAAUUAAGGUAUAGGGCUUUAAUUCAUUAUUGAAAUGUUAAGUUUUGGAAGGCAUUUUUGGUGAAGGAAAAAAAUAAAUUUAUCGAAAAAAAUAAAUUUUUUUAUGGUACAUUUUUUUAGCUCACGAAUAAUUUUCAUGAAACUUUUCGCGUUUCGAGGCGUAGAAAAUAGAGUAAACUACAGCCGAUUUUCAGGGAUUCCCUAAAAGUCCGGAUUGUUUUUCAGAGCUCGACAACUCAGUCAUCAGAGGAAUCGAGUGGGAGAAAACGCGAAUCGAGGAACUGGACGUCAAGGGAACUGAACUUUCUUCUGAAUCUCUGAUCUUCAUCCUGACUCGACUCGGCCACCUCAGAUGGCUUGAUGCAAGUUGGCUUGAGAGCAUGACCGAUCAGGUGAGACUGCAGGCUUUUUUCUGAAGAUAGGUGCAACUUCCAGGUUUUGGAAGCCUGGCAACAAUCCAACACGAUGGGCGCUUUGCAAUAUUUAAACUUGGAUACUUGCGACUCUCUGAAUGAACAGUCGUUGGUUGAUAUGAUCAAACGACAUGGUCAUCAGUUCCAUGGGCUGUGCUUGGGAGGACAACACAAGCUUCUCGAGUACUUCUGGAUGAACAUGAUCCCACAGCUCAAGAAUAUCCGGUUCGUAUGAUUUUCUCAAAUGUACAGGAUGACAUGCUCGGAACUCUGACGCGAUACUUGAUAUGAAAAAACAUUUCUUGACAAAUUUUUUUAUUCAUAUAUAAAUUUCUGAAUAGGCUAACCAAAAAUUAUUUUUCAGUGUUCUGGUGAUGGGAAUCGCAGAAGACUGCUGCCCAAAAGUGGUUGCAAAGAUCCACGUUGAUCAGUUCAUCGAUUGCAUUGCUCAAAAUUGUCCAAGGUUGACCAGGUCUGUGAAUCCAUCAAAUAUCUGAAAUCUUUGACAAUAAUUUACAGACUCGAGGUGCGUUGGGACGAUGAAACCCUCCGUUUCUCUGACAAAUCGAGGUAGUUUGUCUUUCGAAAAAAACUUAUAACGAACGAAUCUCCAGCAAAUUCAUUGAUGUCCUCCGCAUGAAAUGUUUGAAACUUCACUCCAUAGUUCUCAGCGACGGACAAUACUACGAACUCGUCAGGUCGAACUUCGAAAGAGCUGAUCGGAUGUCGGUAGUGAGGUGGGAAAACUCAAAAGCCAGUUUUUUAGUCAUCAACUUUAGAACCACGGAAAUGUGCCGCACCGGUCUUCUGCACUGCUCAAGAUUCUUCAACCAAUUGCUUUUCAAUUAA